UCCAGACAUGGCUGAGCCCAACUUCAGCUCCAUGAAUCUCCAUCCUGAUAUUUUGUCUUUUUAACGUGCCGGAGAGCACAUUCUCUCAACUCACCGUGUUAUUUAUCGACAAGGCCCGCCGCCCGCUGUGGUAUUGCGCGUCUUGUUUGCCAAGACGACCGCUCCAGCCUGACCACGAAACGACUCGCAACGUUACAGUCUGAAGCAAGCGCAUUUUUAACACACUCACUGUAUCUAGAAGCUACAUGAGAUCUCGACAGGCUGGAAUGACUGAUCACGUCGGCGAAAGCAUCACCGAUCGACCCCACCGUCCCAUCGAAAACGCGGCGACUCGAUUAACUCACCCUGCUGCUGUCUGCACCUCCAGGGUCUUUAACAAUGGCCAGUGCCCAGCUAAUGGAGGAGGAGCUGCAGCAUAGUGUGAUGGUUGCGGGGACUGCCGAAGUCGACAUGAUCGACUAUGACGAUACGGCAGUCGAUGAUGCCGACGGCGACGUGGACGAAGAGAUGGAAACUUCGCACUUGGGUGACUCAGUUCUGGUGAACGGCAAAACAGAUAAGAAAGGCUUGGUAGAAAGCGUGGAGCCCGACAAUUACGACGAUGCCGACGGCGAAGCCGACGAGGAUGAAGAGGAUGAAGAUGAUGAGGAAGUUGCCGAAGAAUACGGGGAAGGCGAACACGAUCAAGAUGAUAGCGACCAGGAUGACGACGAAGGCGAGUCAGACCGAGAAGAUAGUGAUGCGCCUUCCGAAGGUGACCAUGAAGACGAAGACCUGGAUCAUGCAGCAGUAGAUGGUCUUAGAUCAGAGGACGAAGCUGAAGAGGAAGACGAAGACGAAGGCGUUGGCGCCGUGAAGAUCAAGCCAGGCGAGACAGAUGACGAAGAUGAAAGUGACGAGAGUGAAGGCUCAGCUGGUCACAGUGAGAGUGCUGAGGAAUCUGAUGGCGAGGCUUCAUGGGACGAAGCCGUCGAAAAUGUCGAAGACGACAUAGAGGACGAAGAAGAUAAGUUCGACGAACUUGGCGGCAUUUGCAUGUUCUGUAAGGAAGACGAGGAUACGGGCGCAUAUGUUACCUGCAGAGAAUGUGGGGAGAAGUCACACGAGCACUGCGCCAAGGAUAAUUCUGCGUGGAAUGAAAAGCACAGCACUACAAAAUGGAAAUGUCCAGAUUGCGCAUCAACAGAUCUGGCCGGCGAAGGAGAUGUGGAUGAAGCUGAACGUGUGGGGCUUGCCUGCUCUCCCAUAACUACAGGAUCGGCCUCUUCCACGCAUACCGGCGCAGAACCAAAGUCUGGUCAUGAUCUCCCAGCCCAGAACCACCUAGCAGCAGAUGAGGAUUCCUUGGACGGUACUCGCGUGCUCAGGAAGCGCAAGACAUCAUCUGUGGAGGCCGACGAGGGCGUGAUGUCGUUGCGUAAGCGGCGCAAGAACACAUCGGAGACCCGGGGUCAUGACGAUGGCGCAACAGGCACCGAGGACCUUACCAGGCCUCAAUCCUCCCGGUCAUUGAGACCAAAGACGUCCGACUCUGCCCAUGUCAGCAUCGAGAAGAAAACUCGAGAUACUCUUGUCCUAAAGCUCAAGGCCAAUCCAACUGAACUUAGGCGUAUAGAGGCUCGACCACGACAGAUUCCUAAGCGCCGUGGUGGAAGAACUGGCGGUCGCUCCGGUGGUCGAUCUGGGGGCCGAUUUGGUGGUCGGGGUCGCACAACACGCCCUCAGACCCAACCAGCUGUACAAAACUUGGUGGCGCCAUUCUCAGCCCCAUUUUCUUCCUCGGCAUUGUAUCAGCCCUUCUUUUUUGACAAGGAGUCAGAAGAACUAAAAGGCAAGCCGUACGGCGGGAUCCUCGACGAAGCCGAUGCGGACACUAGCAAGACCUUUCCUCAGCCGGAAGAUCGCAAGCGCUUUGAUGAAGCAAAACAAAAGGCGGAGGAGGAGUGGCGCGAGAGGAUCCUCAAAAUGCAGGCAACUAUGACAGUGCCUGUCAAAAAAUCAAAAAAGCCGUCGGGGCCGGCAAGCCAGAUCGAAUGCAUCGAGUUUGGUGGCUGGGAAAUCGACACCUGGUAUGCGGCCCCCUAUCCGGAGGAAUACAGCAGAAACCGGGUUCUCUACAUUUGCGAGUUCUGUUUGAAGUACAUGAACUCGGACUACGUGGCAUGGCGUCACAAGCUCAAGUGUCCUGCAAAACAUCCCCCAGGCGAUGAGAUUUACCGUCAUGGAUCCGUCUCGGUUUUCGAGGUCGAUGGCCGCAAGAAUCCAGUGUAUUGCCAGAACCUUUGCUUGCUGGCUAAGCUGUUCCUUGGGUCAAAAACCCUGUACUACGACGUCGAGCCAUUCUUGUUCUACGUACUGUGCGAGUACGAUGAAUAUGGCUAUCACUUCGUCGGGUAUUUUUCCAAGGAAAAGCGAGCAAGCAGUCAAAACAACGUCAGCUGCAUCUUGACCUUGCCGAUCCAUCAGCGAAAAGGAUAUGGAAACUUGCUUAUCGACUUUUCCUACCUUCUCACCCGCGUGGAAAAGAAGACAGGAUCACCCGAGAAGCCGCUAUCGGACAUGGGUUUGGUCUCCUACAGGAACUACUGGCGGCUGGUCCUUUGCCAAUACUUUAUCGACCACGUCCCCGAGGACAAAGAAAAACAGACUGGCCUCAGCAUCAAGCAAAUCUCUGACGACACAGGUAUGACAGCCGACGAUGUUGUCGCCGCGUUGGAAGGUCUGAGAUGUUUGGUGCGAGACCCACAAACCGAACUGUACGCCUUUAGGGUCGAUUUACCUUUCUGCAAGGAGUAUGUUGAGAAAUGGCAGGCCAAAAAGUAUGUGAAGCUCGAUCCGCGUUAUCUCACGUGGACACCGUACGUCAUGGGUAGAGGCAAUGCGACGAACUUUGAGCUGGGCCCAGCUCUCAAUGCCAUCGCGCCCCGUGAGGAUGAUGAAGAGCCAAAACCCACGGGCCCCGCCAUCACCAUCCUUUCAAACGAGGAGACCUCUGUUGUGUAUGCCGCUGUCACCAACGGUGAAGCGAACGGCGGCGGCGCCACGAACGGAGACCCUACCGUGCUUCAGUCUACUGAAGCUAAUGAUGACAUGGCGAAGCCAGCGGUUGAUCAAAACGUCGAACUUCAGCCAAGUAUCGAAGGUGACAGAGAGAUAAGCGUUGCGAAGGAAGUAAUCUCUAAUAUGGACAAGGAACUUCCCGUACGGAAAUGGAUGUCUCUUUACAAGGCAAUCCCUCCAACGCGUUUCCAAGUGUUUCCUCCUAUAUCCCGCAAGGUUGAGCGACCGCGGGCGGCUGUUGUACGGAUACCAGUUGCACAACCUGUGGCUCUUCCGCGCCCCAAGCCUAAACGUCCAGCAGGGCCACGUCGUUCAGCACCGGCAAAGAAACCAAAGAGCUCCACCACACGGGUUCGCAAGGCAGGCGGAACAGGCCGAGGACCUGGCAGAUGGCCCAAGGGAACCAAAAAGAGCGAUUACGGCAAUGCUGACAGCGGGCCAGGACUACCUCCAGCAUGGAUUGCUGCCAGGCUCGCUGCUCAAUCAUCUAAGAAUAAUGGAGGGGAGGCAAAUGCCACAGGAGACAGCAAGGAGAUAUCAGCUGCCAAGGUUGAUGGCAAAGCUGAAGAUACGGUGCAAGUUCAGACGCCCAUUGUCAAGGACGUCUAGUGCACCAGUUUGUGUUUGGGACAUCACCAGUUAUUUCAUCGCGGGCGUUUAGCACAGGCGUUCACCGAGAUACCUUAAUUUGUAUUGCGUUAUUCGGACAUUGCAAGGGAUUUGGGGAAGCGGGGUUCUCUUUUCUGACAGUUUUUCAUCUUACUUCAGUGUUGAUAUUAGGGUUUCUUACAACGCAUCACCUUUGAAGGCUAAUGGAGACAUUUCAUGUUUUGCAUUGAAUUUUUAGAAGUAUUCGCACCAGCUUAGGUAUCUGUACCUACCUACCUAUGUACCCUUUGUCAAAGCCUUGGCC